UAGAGACAGAGACAAUGUUUCCCCAAACGUUAUCAGUGUUCCAUUGGCGCGCUUGUCUUCUUCGCACUGUCGUGAGAUCGAGUAAAAGAAUCGCCGGCAUAUUCCACUCUCAUUAUGUCAACUAUGCCAAAUCCCUCUUCAAUUCACUUCCAUUUUCAUCUCUUCCAUCCCCCAGUUUCUGUCCAGAAGCUAUAGAGGGAAAUCACCGUCAUGAAAUGGAUGCGUUCUGUCCCUUUUUUGCUCAUAAUUGGGUUGAUUGUGGCCGAUGAUCGACCUAUCCCCUCCACUCUCGAUGGCCCAUUUCUCCCGGUUACUCGUCGAUUUGAUCCGUCUUUGAGGCGUGGAAGCGAUGAUUUGCCCAUGGAUCAUCCAAGGCUUCGAAAGAAUGUUUCAUACAACUUCCCGGAACAGAUAUCGCUUGCUAUUUCCACUCCUACCUCCAUGUGGGUCUCUUGGGUUACGGGGGAUGCUCAGAUUGGCAAAAAUGUGACUGCACUGGAUCCAUCUUCCGUUGCUAGUGAGGUUUGGUAUGGAAAAAAAAGCAGAAAGUACACGAGCAUGAGAAGAGGGGUUUCGACUGUUUACAGUCAGCUAUAUCCAUUUGAAGGACUGCUUAAUUACACCUCUGGCAUUGUUCACCAUGUCAGAAUCGACGGUCUCGAACCUGAAACCAAGUAUUAUUAUCAGUGUGGAGAUAGCUCUAUUCCAGCUUUGAGUAAAGAACACAUGUUCGAGACUUUACCAUUGCCGAGCAAAAGUUCAUAUCCUCGUAAAAUAGCCAUUGUUGGAGACUUGGGACUUACGAGCAAUUCAACAACAACAGUUGAUCAUCUGGUUGAGAAUGAUCCUUCUCUGAUCUUGAUGAUAGGAGAUUUAGUUUAUGCGAAUCAAUACCUCACAACCGGUGGCAAAGGAGCUCCAUGUUUUUCAUGUGCAUUUCCAGAUGCUCCCAUCAGGGAGACAUAUCAACCCCGUUGGGAUGCAUGGGGCAGGUUUAUGGAGCCAGUAAUCUCACGAGUUCCAAUGAUGGUUAUCGAGGGUAACCAUGAGAUUGAGCCCCAAAUAUCUGGGGUCACUUUCAAAUCAUAUUUGACAAGAUUUGCAGUGCCCUCUGCUGAGAGUGGCUCGAAUAGUAGCUUCUACUACUCAUUCAAUGCUGGAGGAAUUCAUUUUCUUAUGUUGGGAGCAUAUACCGAUUACAAUGCUACCGGUGCUCAGUUUGCUUGGCUGAAAGAAGAUUUGGAUAAAUUGGAUCGUACGGUGACCCCUUGGUUAGUAGCUGCCUGGCAUCCGCCAUGGUACAAUAGCUAUUCUUCUCAUUACCAAGAAUUUGAAUGCAUGCGCCAAGAGAUGGAACACCUUCUUUAUGAGCAUGGUGUUGAUAUUGUUUUUUCUGGUCAUGUACAUGCCUAUGAACGCAUGAACAGAGUAUACAACUAUACGCUGGAUCCUUGUGGCCCCGUUUACAUAACAGUUGGAGAUGGUGGAAACAUUGAGAAGGUUGAUGUGGACCAUGCUGAUGACCCAGGAAAAUGUCCUUCAGCUCGUGAUAACAUUCCAGAAUUUGGAGGAGUGUGUCGUUUGAACUAUUCUUCUGGUCCAGCUGAAGGAAAGUUUUGUUGGAACACCCAACCUGAAUGGAGUGCAUUUAGAGAAAGCAGCUUUGGUCAUGGAACGCUUGAGGUGAAAAAUUCAACUCAUGCUUUGUGGACUUGGCACCGGAAUCAAGAUGUGUACAAGGAAGAAAACCAUGGAGAUCAAAUAUACAUUGUUCGACAACCUGAUUUGUGCCUUCCGACGACCAAGGUUUUGAAUCUUUCAUUACUCCCUCGGUUGGUGCUUCCACAUCCUACAGCACAUAGCUACUAGGGACCUCUUUCAGGUUACUUGAAGGUAGUCGACAUGUUUUGAUGUCGAUGGUUGAGCAACUAGCUUCAAGAAGUUUCAGACUGCAUCCUGCUUAUGCACUCUUUUUGCUCCCUUCGAGUGUCCAUUGAAGGACAUUGUUGGUUCUUCCACUGAAGAUAGUCCUCUCUAAGAAAGAUACUAUAUAUUUUUCUUAUCCAAGAAAAGAGGUUGAUGUUAGCUAUUUAUUAUUGUAUCUCUUUUUAGCCGAUACCUAUUUUAACAUCUGGUAUUUAAAGGAUUUGAAGUUAUGACCCAACCAUAUCACAAUAA